AUGCAAAAAGAUAUACCAAAAUUAUCUAAACGUAGUAUAAUGUCAAAGUUGAGGUUUGUACGACGGGAAAAAUCGACAGAACAGACGAAUCAGGUGAAUAAUAGCGAUGGGGAUGAGGAGUUGUUCGACAAUCUCAAUCUGCUGUCACAACCUCUGCCUCUACGAUCUAAUAUAAUGUCAUCUCUGGUGGGGCUGUUCGUCGCAGUAGGUGGAUUUUUGUAUGGUUACGAUACAGGAUUGAUCAAUAGCAUUACAGGUAUGCCAUACGUCCUUCAACAUUUAACACCAAAUCAUAGUUCCUUUUCGAAUACUCAGUUAUCAAUCCUGGUCUCCUUUCUAUCUCUGGGGACAUUUUUCGGUGCAUUGACAGCACCUUGGAUUUCUGACAUUUAUGGAAGAAAACCAGCUAUUAUAGUAAGUACUGCCGUUAUCUUCAGUAUUGGUAAUUCAUUACAGGUCGCUGCAAAAAGUUUGACGCUACUUAUUGUUGGUAGAGUCGUUUCAGGUUUUGGCAUUGGUAUCAUUUCAGCAGUGGUCCCACUGUAUCAAGCUGAAGCAGCACAAAAAAACUUAAGAGGUGCAAUCAUUUCUUCUUAUCAAUGGGCUAUUACUAUAGGUCUGUUGGUUUCCAGUGCCGUCUCACAAGGUACUUAUCGUAUGGACUCAGCUGCUUCUUACAGAAUCCCCAUUGGUUUGCAAUACGUUUGGUCCUCUGUCUUGGCAGUCGGUAUGAUCUUUUUACCUGAGUCUCCCAGAUACUACGUUCUAAAGGACGAUAUUAACAAUGCAGCUAUUGCUUUAUCCUUUCUAAGAGGUAUCCCCAUACAGGAUCCAAGAUUAUUAGAAGAACUAGUCGAAAUCAAGGCCACAUAUGAUUAUGAGGCAUCUUUUGGCCCUGCUUCACUAUUAGACUGUUUCAGGUCAAGUGAAAAUAGACCUAAGCAGGUUCUCAGGAUGUUUACUGGGAUAGCAUUGCAAAUUUUCCAGCAAUUCUCAGGAAUCAAUUUCUUCUUUUAUUACGGCGUUAGUUUCUUCAGCGAAACUGGUAUACACAAUAAUUAUCUCGUUUCGUUCAUCACAUAUUCUGUAAAUAUGCUUUUCAAUAUACCAGGAAUGUUUCUAGUGGAAUUUUUUGGUAGAAGAAAAGUUUUACUAUAUGGUGGUGUUUUAAUGACAAUAUCCAAUUUCAUCAUUCCAAUUAUUGAUGCCACCGUCCCAACUUAUGAUGGUAGUAAGAUCAUGAUAGCAUUUGCAUGCCUAUUCAUAGCAUCGUUUGCAGCCACUUGGGGUGGUGUUGUUUGGGUUAUUUCGGCAGAAUUGUACCCAUUGGGUGUCAGAUCUAAAUGUGCUGCUAUUUGUGCAUCUGCAAAUUGGUUCGCAAAUUUCAUUUGUGCAUUCAUUACACCUUAUAUUGUCAAUUUAGGUGAUGAAGCUUCAGAAACAAAAUCUAAGAUCUUCUUUCUUUGGGGCUCAUUGAAUGCAGUUGGUUUCAUAAUCGCAUACUUAACAGUUUACGAAACAAAAGGUUUAACCUUGGAAGAAAUCGAUGAAUUGUAUAGAAAAUCCCCCAGCUGUUUUGCGUCAACUAAAUAUAAUGAAAAGAUAAGAGAAAGGCCUGUGACGCAGGAUACAAGACCAGCAGAUGAGCUAUUGAACGUUAUGAACUCAUUUGCCAUUGAGACAAAUACUAGUAACAUGUUUGGUAUGAGCUCGCAUCCAUUCAAAAGUAACGCUAAUAAUAACAAUAGCAGUAGUAAUAAAAUGAAUACGGUACAACCGCCACUUGAAGAAAUGACAAAUGAACUCGUGAUUACUGAAACCACGGAUAAGAAUUUUGUUGACCUUGGUAACGGGUUAGGUUUGAAUACAUACAACAGAGGACCGCCAUCAAUAUCUAGUGAUGAAGAAGAUGACAUCAGCUUCAAAUAUGAAGAAGGCAGGUCCUUUUCAUUCCACACCUCUACGGAAGAGAGUAGAUACAAAGAUGAUGUCAACACAUACAUGGCCAAUUUAAUUGACAGUAGUUCCAACAACACAAAUCUAUCAUCCUCAUUAAGAACCAGUUUCUUAAAAACUACAGGUGAUAGCAAUGCUUUUAACAUACGAACCAACAUUGAAGAGAGCUCGCAAGAAUCCAUCAGUUCGCCAGCACAAAACUCAUCAACAUCAUCCACCAAUUAA